AUGAUUUCUGCCAAGACUCUGGUGAUGUUUGAAGAUGCUGAACAGCACACAGAGCAAGAAGGGCAGCGGGGCACAUCAGAGAAAGGUGGAGGGGAGACAGAGGGUAAGUACAGCAUCCGCUCUAUGAGCCCAUCUUCAGCAGAGGAAUCUCUACUGAGAGCAACGAGAUCGGGAACUGAAGCCGUGGAGUCUGCCCUCCGCGGGAGCCUGGAGUCACCGCUGCAGGACGACGGCCUCGACAACACAGCUCACCACACAUCCCCUCUGGAAUCCAUCAGCGAACUGGAUGAAAACGAUGAGCAUAUAAAUGGGGGGUCUGAGCUCAAGAGGGGACCAGCAGACGGGGCGGUGAAAGUCAAGGGGCAGACCACGGAGAAAUUCCCCCCGCCGUCUCCUGGGAGGAAGAGGAUUGAGGUAGCGGAAAUUUCAGAUCACACGGGAACUCAGUCAGGUGCCAGCUUGGUGCAGACCUUAAUGUCUGAGGGCACCUAUGAUGACUUGUUGCAGCUAAAUGGCUCAGAGGCGGAUCGUUUGCAGUGCCCACGCAGUGCUUCAGCGAACAGAUUUUUCAAAACAGAAUUUGACACAAUGCAAGAGGAGGAAACCUGGGUGGGCGAGGACUCCUGCUCUCUCAGUGAGAGUGGAAUUGACAAGGAAAAAGAAGGAUGGAAGCUUAUGAAAAUCUGUCCAGGAGAUUGUGAGGGAAACAUCAAAGGUGCUAAGCAGGACACGCGAUUGCCAGUCACAUUGCUAAAAGAGCUACGCGACGUCCAGCUGCAGCGAGAAUCUCACCAGGCAGAGAUUAAACACCUGAGCUCCAAACUGACGGACUCAAGGGAGAGGAUAAGAGAGCUGGAGUAUGAGCUGAACUCAGAGAGGAAGAGGAAUGAAAGCCAUGCCCAUACAAUCCAAGAACUUGAGAAGACGUCCAACGAUUCUCUCAUUGAAGUCCUGACAGAAUGCAAAUCCAAGGUGGAGCAGUUUGAAGAGCUCAAGCACUCUUCAGUGGACCUUAAAAUUCAGCUUCAGGCUGCUCAGGGCACAGUGGCCUUCCUGCAGCGGCGGAUGCUCUCACUGGAGGAGGAACGCAGCCAAAGGCAACACGAAGUGCUCCAGCUGAGCCGAGAGCUGGAGGGAGCCAGGAAGGCGUUGCGGGAGAAGAGCACCGAAGCGGCCUGGGUCAGCAAGCAGCUCCAGGCUCUCCGCCGAGAGGUGGAAGGGAAGUGGGGGACAGGGGCCACCGUCGAGGAGAAGCCCGCCAACGGUCACGUCGACAUGAGCCACCCGCCACGGUCCAGACAGGACUCCAGGGUUUGCGUCCUGCUGUGAUUGCAGUCUGAAAGCAGAAUUGUGGUCAACUGCUAAUAUUAGUUUAUCAUAUUAUGCAGUCAUUCAGGCAACAGAAAGUCACCGGCAUUUCCUUGAACUGACUGAUUGGAUUUAGGAGCACAAGACAAAGAUUAAGUAUCAUGAUAUAUGUUCUGUAUUUAUCUUUGUUGAAAAGAGAUUCGUACCUGACUUCCUGUAAAACACAAGGCAACUGUAGCACUUAUACAAAGAAUCAAAGAUUGUGCCAGGGAAUCACUAUUUCGCGAUUUUACUGUCAGAACAGAGUAGGGUCCGAUGAUUAAGAAUUAAGAUUCAAAUGCGAAAAACCUAAUUUGGUUUCUAGAGAAAUUUGACUCAGUAUAAAUUUAGGUAGGGCGGAUACAUCACAAGUCCCGCGUUUCUAGUUCAUUUCCACACGGUAGCGCAUCCAAUAGCAUCACAUUGCGAAUAUAGUCCUUGACCUAUUUAUCCUUGGCAGAUUUCUGCAUGAAUCCUGAGAUUCUGAUAAUCUCAUCACCCUAAAUUGCUAUCAUACAUAGCGCAUUUUUUGACCGACGGUAUUAUUUUGAAAUGUUGCUGCAUGAGCGAUCUUAUUCAUCUGAAUCCCGUUAUUACUGUAGGCAAUUGUAAGCAGAGAUUCAUCCUCCUAGUUCUAGUUGCAGCCGGAUUUGCGCGGCGCAGACAUGCGCGGACGCGCUUCACCUGCUGCCAGUUUCAGCCUGACUGGGGGACUGGGACCUCCAAGUGCGGCGUCUGCGAAAACAUAGCGUUGAAUACAGUCCUAUGAGAUUCGCACAGGCAUCACCACUCGCCCGAAUAAACCUUUCUGCUUAUUCGGAGCAGCUUUGUUUUCAGUAAAAUAUUGAUUUGAUUUCUGUAGUCUGCUAUUAAGACACUCUCCAAAGACUGAUCAUGAAUAAGCACGUUGAUUAUAAUUAUGUCUACGGUAAUAAUUGCACCUACGAUUUAUCAUGGAUAUGGGACAAGGAAAGUAGGUGAAGUUAAUUGGUAUAUCUAAGUGUAUGAUUGCUUAAAAUAAAAUUUCCCCAA